GGUUUCGUAAUAUCGCGCCCGGGUACGGCAGCAGUUGCAUGCUGGGAACUUCGGUGGACUUUAAAUUCCCCAACCAUCCCAGUCCGCCUAGUCAGAUCCCUCUCUAACCAUGGCGGAGCUCCAGGCUAAGUUUGAUGCUGCAGCAGCUGAUGUGAAGCAGCUGAAGGCCAAGCCGGCCGACGCAGAGAUGCUGCAGGUCUACUCGCUGUUCAAGCAGGCUACUGUCGGGGAUGUCAACACAGGUCGUCCAGGGAUGUUGGAUUUCACCGGGAAAGCCAAAUGGGAUGCCUGGGAGAAGCAGAAAGGCAAGAGCAAAGAGGACGCCAUGACGGAGUACGUCAGCCUGGUGGAGCAGCUGAAGGAGAAGUAUGGAAUCUAAAGUCCUGUGAUGGCCGCGGGCCUGACAGCAGCACCACACCGGGAAACGCCUUACAGCCAGCGAGUGUGUCCUUCCACAUCCGAGACUGGGGGUGGGGAGUGGGGGGGGCUGAAGAACCACUAAGUGUCCUCCACCAGAGUAGCAUCGUAUUUCAACCAUCGUAUCAGCACAGAAUCCGGCCAUUUCAAUAUAAAAAUCUUUCUACUCAAAGUGUUUGGUCUACUCUAAAUGUAUUAAUGUUCUAGUUGCACAUAUGUUAGCAUUAUUAACAUGUCAUAUAAUGUUAGCAUUAUUAACAUGUCAUGUUAGCAUUAACAUGUCAUGUUAGCAUUAACAUGUCAUAUGUUAGCAUUACUAACAUGUCAUAUAAUGUUAGCAUUAUUAAAAUGUCAUAUAAUGUUAGCAUUAUUAACAUGUCAUAUAAUGUUAGCAUUAUUAACAUGUCAUAUAAUGUUAGCAUUAUUAACAUGUCAUGUUAGCAUUAACAUGUCAUAUGUUAACAUUAUUAACAUGUCAUAUAAUGUUAGCAUGUCAUAUAAUGUUAGCAUUAUUAACAUGUCAUAUAAUGUUAGCAUUAUUAACAUGUCAUAUGAUGUAAACGUUAACAUGUCAUAUACAGGUGAAACUCGGAAAAUUUGAAUAUCAUGCAAAAGUUCAUUUAUUUCAGUAAUUAAACUUAAAAGUUGAAACUAA